GGAGGGCGCAGCUGUGGUCCGCGCGAAGUGCUGGCCAAGCUCCUACAGCAGCUGCCUUCGUCCAGCUUGGAUGGAGUGGACUGUGCAGAUGGUGACACUAGCGUCGCCCGCAAACUCUGUGACCGGGUGAAACUCUUCUUCCGCAAGUACAGUGCCAACCGACACAAGGCUACUGUUCUGCCACCGAGCUAUCAUACGGAGUCCUACAGUGCCGACGACAACAGGUGA